AUGACGUCUGGGCAAGAGGCCAUAGAAAAACUAUCGCAGGAGCUCGUCGGCGGGCACGAUCUCAACGCGAGGCUCCUGGCAUUGCUGCGCCGUGGCCCCCUCGACGGACGUGGGCAGGAGGCGGCCGUGGCGAUGAGCCAGGAGCUCUCCCGGGUGUUCAUGGUGUCUCUGUUCAUGCUCAGAUCCGGAGACAGUAGCAGAAUGGCGGCGCCAGGGGCGACCAUCACUGAGGGUGGCAUCGAUCAGCGGACUCCGACAAAUGAUAUUCCUAUUUGUGGUGGAGAAGAGGUUACUCCUACAAGGAAGGGUAGAGGAAACGGGGUUACCAGCAAGGAGAUUACAGCCUCGCCUCAUAGUGAUGGCUACCAGUGGAGAAAAUACGGGCAAAAGAACAUUCAGAACAGAAAAUUUGCAAGGUGCUACUACAAAUGCAUGUUUAGCCAUGACCGCGGCUGCAGGGCGAAGAAGACGGUGCAGCAGCAGGAUAGCAGCGGCGGCCGGCGUCCCAUGUUCCAGGUCACCUACGUGAACGAGCACAAGUGCCAACAAGAAGUAGUGCUUCCCAGAGAAUCUAUCGGUGGGAACAAGCACACGGCAAGGAGCGGCCAUUUCGAUCCUCAACGCGCCAAACUGGACGACGACGUCAUGGCCUCGUGCCUCGCCAUGGUCAUCGGCGGAGCUGCGCCUGCGGGUCUGUCGUCCUCGUCCUCGCCGCCGCCGGUCGUAAGAGCGAGCCCGAGUGAUCCGGUCGGCUGGCAUACGCCGAGCCUGCUGGACGUGGGCAUGGGCCUGGGUGAGACGACGGUGGCGGAGAUCUCGUGCCGCUCUCCAUUUGCUCCCGUGAAGGCACCUGCAGCUCCGUCGUCGUCGUCUUCGUCGUCGCUGCCCGUGGAAGCGAUCAACUCGAGUGAUCCGACGCCGGCCGGCGGCCGACUCCCCCGGAGCACGGACGCUAUGGCGAUGGACGAAAUUUACUUCCCGUGCGGCCCGCUGUUUUCUCCCUUCGCGGCUCAGUCGAGCAUCCAUUCGGUCGACGUGCCCAUGGCUGUUGCCCGGUUCACAGACACCGACUCGGCGUGGCCAUACUACUCGUGA